UUAUAUGCAUAAAAAACUAUAUAGGAACCACACACAAACAGAAACAAUUAGAACGCAUGACAUAAAUAAAGGGCAUUUUUCAUUUAGCAAACGCAUGUCGUAGAUUUUGGGUAAGUACAAAAAUUGAAAUAUCGAUAAGUUGAACAAAGGAAAUGGAAAAUUCAUCGUUAUCGUACGGAACUGCCAACUAUCGAGAUCUUGGAUUUGGGCGGCGCUGGAUGAUGCGGAGUUUUUGCUGUAACAGCAUAUUUGGUUUCAAAGAUGGCGUCCACAAGUAAAUUUGACGAUUUCGUUUCUUGUCCGUAUAACAAGGCGCAUAUUGUGCUCCGCGGACGGCUGACAAAGCAUUUGGUGCGCUGCAGCCGCAAUCCGGAGAACCUGAACAAGUUGCUGGUCUGCCCCUUCAACGAGAGCCAUCGCUUGGAUGCACAACAGUUGCAGGCGCACAUAAAAAUAUGUCCGGAACGUGCCGGCUUUGAGCGGCAUGCACAGAAGGACGAGCAGCCGCCGUUGGCGGAGCCUGUUAGCCAAGUUUCGAUCGAAUGUGAAGAGGAUUGGGACAACGAGCCGGAUGCGCCCACCUACGAUCCGAGUGCCUACUGCGAGGAGAACUUGGUGAUACGCUCAAGCGGCCUACACGGGCAAUCCAAGAGCGUGCGCCGAGAUUUUCGGGCCAAGGAACGACGCCGUUUCGCUGAAAAACAAUAAAUUCGAGAAGACUUUA